AUGCUCCAUGACCUCCUUGUGGAGCUAGACCUGCUGGGCACAUUCGAAGCGGUGAAGAACUCGACACUGAUAGCGAUGAACGACGAUGCUUUCGAAUAUCUCGCCAACUGGGGCAUGAACCUGAGCUUAAUCGAUCCAGAGCUGGCAAGAGGAAUCAUGAAAUACCAUUUCCUAGAGGGCUCUUACACUUCGACGAAUCCCCUGUUGGAAGUCGAGACGCAGCUGGUUCAUUCCGUCCUCCGGCCACCCGUUCUCACAAACAUUUCGGACGGUGCCGUGGUCAAACUGACGGCUGCCGAUAAUGAAAACCCAUUUCGGGUGGAAUGUGGGAUCCAGAAAGUUUUGCCCAUCGUCGAAGCCGACAUCUUCUACGACUCCGGCGUCUUGCACACCAUUAACGAGAACCUCGUCCUUCCGCACAAUUUGUCAGAAACGACAAACUUGGGAAAUCUUGAAAAGUUCUGGAGCCUCGUCAAAAAGGCUCAAAUGAGCGAGUUCUUGGAAUCCCUCCGUGACACGACGAUUUUGUUGCCAAGCAAUGAAGCGAUGGAAAAAUACAAAUUUCACCUUGAAUCACUCGCCCCAGAGGACCUCAGGACCACAAUCAACAACCACGUAAUCCCGAAGCGUGUCCUUUACCAUGUGGACUUUGGAGACACUAUUAAUGAGGUUACAACCAUGAGCGGACUCAAGCUAAGACUGAGCCGUGACUCCGCGGGCCGUCUCUUCGUCAACCAUGCGCGGGUUUUGAAGCAAGAUGUACUCAUCUACGGUGGUGUUUCACACGUCUUGGACAAUGUGCUUAUCACGCAGCUAGGAUCAUACUUGAGUGUCGAAAGCGAUGGGCUUUGGCGGUAUGUGGUGUCCUUGCGAUGGUACGAGUAUCCUUGGAAGAACACAACAGAAGUUAUUGUCGGAGCGGCUUUGCUCUUUGUACUCGGUGCUCUGGUUAUCCAAAAAGUUGUUCGGUGGAAGGUUUCAACGAACCAACGAGACUUUGGCGGUCGCAUCACGAAGGAAGGGGUAGUUGAGGAAACACAAUUUAGGUCUUCAGUUGUGUACUACUACGUACCAGUUUAG